UCCUCUCUUCCAGCUCCUCCCCUCCAACCCUCUAGAUCGCCUCCUCCCCUUCUCUCUGCCUCCCUCUCCUUCUCUACCUUCCCCUUCUCUCCCAGCAACCUCUUCCUCCACCAGCCCCCACCAGGCCCCUCCCCCUUCCCUGUCCUUCCCUGUCAGUCUUCGCCCUUCUCUGCAUGCUCCUCCUCUCUCUCUCUCCUCUCUCUCUCUCUCUCUCUCUCUCUCUCUCUCUCUCUCUCGCUGGGUUGUCGGCUCUCUCUGGCUCUCUCUCUCUCUCUCUCUCUCUCUCUCUCUCUCUCUCUCUCUCUCUCUCUCUCGGUUGUCGGCCCGCGGAGUGAUCGAUAGGUCAGUCCGCAGGCGGGUCCUCGGCACUUGGCUCGCCACGCCUGCGACGCUGCCAUGGAGACGUAGCCGCGGCCUCCUGGCCCCGCCGCGUACCUGGAUCCUCUGCGUCAGCAGGCACACGCGUGUCCGUGAGCGCCGGUGGCAAUGGCUGCUCUGCUUGAGGACCCGGGCAAGCGGUGCCUUUGCCUGGCGUAGGGGUGCGGGAGGUGGGGUUCGCAUCUUUCCUCCACCCAGAAGCACUGCUCCAUAGCUGAGGAACGCUUCUCUCACCAGCGGAGACCCUGGGACCACCAAACCAUCUGUGGGCUGCCCACACGCCUCACCCUUCCUCCCAGCUCACCUGGCUGCAUCCGUGAGUAGCCUCACUGAACUCUGUGGCCCACUGAGACUGCUCCUGAUGGCGAGGCCUGUGUUGGGCCUGUACCCUACGCCAGACAGAUUCUUCCCUUUGCAGUGUCAUCCUUGGUAAGAAUGGAAGACUGGCUAGAAAGGACGUGAAAACUAGCGCUUGGUCCACAUUCCCAUUGCCUUUUGAGUGGCGUGGACAGGUCGGUCCCUGCUGCAGGGACCCUGGAUACAUCUCUUUGAGCUCAGCAGUAUUGCAGAGGCAGUGGCCAUCUGGGCAGGGUGCCCCAGAGUGGUGUGGAGUCUCUGUCGACACAACUCUAUUGUUCAGAGUUGGGCCACCGCGCCAGGCUGACCCACUUUCUGUCUGGAAUGGCUCACAUGGCUUCCGAACGGUCAGACUUGUGUCUUAGCUUCCCCUGCCCUCCUGAGGAUCUUGCCUAUGGGAAGUCUGAGUUACCUACUUCCACUAUUACAUUGAACGAGUAGUCUUCAACCCAACAGCCAACUAGUUAACAAAGCCAGCUGUUCGUGGCCUAGGAGGGAAGCCAGGUGUGCAGGACCCUGGGCUUGUGGGAUGAGUCGGCGAGUCCCCCUGGCAGAGAAGGCCCUGUCAGAACGCUACGCCCGCCUCCGGUACAGGGACACUUCCUUGCUCAUUUGGCAACAGCAGCAGCAGCAGUUGGAGUUUGUACCACCCAGGACAUACCUGAGCAGGAGCCGCAGCAUGUGGUACUCCCAGUAUGGAAAUGAGGCCAUCUUAGUCCGAGACAAAAACCAGCUUGGGGUCUCUAGGGACACUGGCCAGUCUAAGUUUUGCUCAAUCAUGUAAUUCCAGGGAGAUGACCUUUGAUGCCCAUGAAGAUCAAGUUGUGGUAUGAAAACUCAACACCCAAGAGUAACAUCCAAGCCCUUUAUUAGUGACACAGCUGGUGCCUAGAUGCCCUCCCCUCACUGCCCAGGCCCAGGCAACAAAAGGGAAGCCAGUAAGACACCCCCCCCCCCAGCUUCGAUGAGCUGCUGCCUGAUAUAGAAUGGGUCGGGUCCAGGGUAAGGAGGGAACUCUUCCUAUCAUCUAUGAUGAGCUCACUGCAGUGACAUGUGAAAAGGGGCCAGCACUGGGAAUGACAUUCCUGAGCACAGAGUUUUAGUGACCAAUUGGUCUAAAUGUUAUACUGCAUUAUGGUCGCAUCCACACUGGCCACCAGAUGUGAUCUCAUAUAUAGGUAUAUCUUAAACACCGUCAGCAAAAUGUGCCCAGAAGUGAUUUCACACUUAAUCACCCGUGGAAGAGAGCAAGUUCUCGACGGUGGAGCAGCAGAGCCAACUUUCUGCCAGGCUGCAGUGGCAUUCUUUUAGGGUCUGUCACGCUCCACCUCAGCACACGUUGUGGACAGCUGAAAAGUGCUUGCCUCUGCUGCAGUUAAGGUCUGUGUGGCUAUGCAAAUGCGGUUGUGUUUUGUCAAAACUGAGCUUUCUAAAUAAACCUAAGACUCCCAUCCUCAUUUAUCUCGUGUAAAACCCUACUUGGCUUUCUAAAAUAACAGUAAUGACUGACGGUUGCUAAGAGCCCUUAAAUGGAAAUAUAUAAAGCAAGCACAGGCCCUCCCUCAAGACAGCCACUGUCCCCUCCGCACUUUGUGCUCAGUUACAAACUGCUCCAGUGGCAUCACCGCUCACCAUGCACCCUGUUCUGCCCACUCACCAGGCACUUAACUACCAUCCAACUGCCAGCACUCAGUGGCAGAGGCUGCACUUUGCUUGAAACUUAUGCAAAGAGCAUGUCUCAGCCAUGGCUUUAUGUUACUGUAUCCCUUUGCAGAAAUGCAAAUUUGUUUUAAAACCAUCAGGACACAGUGCAUUCCUCAAAUACGACAUCCAGCCUGGGCAGCUGGAGCCUCCUGAGGAGCCUAGGGUCAGGGUCCUUCCGCUCUGUCCUGCUGAGAUCAAGGGCAUGGGCUGGACUUCUGUAGUGUAUUUCUGUAAAUAUAGAGGGAGGCCUCAUCAUACAGUAUGGGCUGGUUGGCCUGACCUGGAGGCCUGACACUUGGAAAUUGUUCCAAGUUCCUCAGUUUCUGUCAAGCCUUUCAGUUCAAUUGAAGUCCCGCACGCAAGCUUCACACUUACCUGGGAUUGCUGCCACCUGCUCACAUCCCCCUACCCCAAGACUGUCCCUAUCAGAUACAGCACACUCAUUAGGGAGGCAAAUCAGACUGUGCUGGGAAGAGUGAGCACUUGUGGGGCAGCUAUCUUAGGGUAUCCAGCAGGUAUGGGUGGCACACAAGCAUCAUGCCUCAUGUAGGACACUGGAAAGCCACUAAGCUGCUUAGAAUACAAAAUGCCAUCUGUGCUUAGGAGGCCAGGCCAGUACUGGAAGAGACUAAGUCUGAUGGGAAGGGGUAGUGGCAGCAAGAAUGCCAAAGUAGCCUGACACACUCUGGAUGGGAACAUGAACCUCCUCCCCAGGCCUGGCCACUUACAAGUUUUCAGUCCUUUACUGCAGCUAAGCCAACUCCACAGCCUACUUUUGGUGAGCAGAAUAGGUUUCUUCAUGUGUUCUAACCCACAUUUCCACUGGGUCUAUACUUGGAGGCCUAUACAAGGAACCUGCAGCAAGGAGACGGAACGGGCAUUAGGUGAGACAAUCUUAGGAGAGCCUUGGUCUUCAGGAAGGCAGUCAGUCUAAAGGAGGGCCGUACUCCCUGUACCCCAGCACCACGACAGAGGCCAGCAGGUGCUCAAGAGCUCUGCUGCUGUUCUGCAAAAGCCUCCCCCGUUACUAUGCAGUGUGCAGGCCUUAAAGAAUUCACAGUUCUGUUGCCUCAACCUCCUAACAGAUUUCACCACACUUAACUUGAAGUGGUUUUUAGAGCCCUUUUUGGGUGUUCUGGUGUUCUGUGUAUUUCUUCUACCAAGAGCUAUAACAGGUCAAGUAUGAGGACUCACCAUGUGCCCUCAGAAUGAGGAACUGCAGCAAAGAGCACUACGCAGACAUAACCUUUUUUCCCCUUCUUUUUAUUAUGAAAACAAAACAAACACCCUAGGAGAAAGGUUCAUGAUUACCAGAAGACACCAGAGUACUUCCUACCGCUUUUUACUCUGUGCUGUUGAGGCCGGCAUUGCAAAAAACAAGCUAAACUACUUACAAUGGACUCAUUUUCAGUAACUGACAUUUACAAGAAUAUACUAGAAACGGCACUAAAAAGUUUAAGAAAAGUUACGGUAAACUUGCAUGCACAUCAUACAGAAAAGAAACAUUUUAAAUAUAUAUAUAAAAAAAGAAAAGCUUCUGGAAGUAUUAUGCCAGUAGCAGGGACAGUGAGAAACAGGAUGACAAAGCUUUUGACAGUGGGCUUGCAUUUCCCAAAUGACUGUAAAAGGCGUGACAGCUGCAAAAGGACAAACCAAGAAAACCACAGAUGUCUCCCGUCUGUAAGCAAGCUGAGCUAUCCAGCCUGAGGAGGUCUGAACCUGAAGCCCAUUCCUCGGCUCCCAGUAGUCUGCCAAGUGCCUGCCUCACUCCUGCAUGUGACCCUUAAGGAAGCCUGUGGACAGCUGUUCUCCAGCUCUGCACACAACAAUCUAAGUUCCUGUAGCCUCUGUAACUUAGAAGAAGGGAGUGACAGUUUACCCUGCAGCCUGGCAUUGUGGGGACCGAGGCCCUCCAAAACUCUAAAGACAAAACAGUUUAAGUCUGGACAGAAAGAAAAAGAAAAAAGCACCAAUGACCGAGGCUGCUCAGUAGGGACCACAGCCACGGGAAUGCCAGACCCUCCUCUCAUGGAACCAGCACUGCACCACUGCCCUGCUGCAGGGGCACCACCCAGGAACGGACUCUGCUCGCCUCACAUCUCACAGAGGCACUCGGUGCACGCCCAGGCGCUGUGCCUUGCCUAGACAUGCUGCCCAGGCUGUCAUGGUAGGCCACCACUGAGACCCCAUGCGAAGGCCUGUCAGUUUCCUCGUGUUUAUUUCUUACAGUCACAGCUUAAAUAUUCUAUUAAAGAUCUGUUUAAAAAAUACCUUUGAAAAACAAGGGUAACCUUAAAAAAAUGGAACCUUAAAAUCCACUUAUAUUUUUAUUAUAAACAAACUGGCUUACAAGUUUAACUGGCUGAUCACUCACCAGGCGUCUAGACAUGGUAGCCAGCCAGCUGCUUCCCGAGCUUGACACUCACUGCCUGUCCACAUCCACAAGAGCUGGCAGCAUCGACUUUAGAAAUUUUACAUAUCUCCCAUGUGGGGAUGCUGACGACGAGUCCUUGGCUCUGCCUAGAAGUAAUGGAAGAAACUGCAGGGACCCCCGCCUCAGUACAACCAUACAACGACCAGGCUCUGCACCUGGCGCCCUCAGGUGGGGUCGGGAUAAUCAGUUUUCUGGGCUAACAGUGAUCAUCAGGCUCACCUUUGACCCUGUCGGGAGUAGACAGGUCAGGCAGAGCCUCUGCAGACUGCUUCCAGGCCUGGGAGAUUGGCCUGUGUGCUCCUGGCUGAGGCCACAAUGCUAUAGCUAAUCCAGGCUGACCCUGCAUUCCAAAACCAUUCGGCAGCCUCAAACACAACAAACGGAACAGAACUUUCUGUUAAACUCUGUAUAUUAUUACUUUUUACAAUAGAAAAUUAAAUGUCAAGACCUUGGCCUGAUAUACAUUGCUUUUCUCUCAGCUUACAAAGCUUGUGUUGAAGAACUGAGGUUCCCUCCGUUGACGUCUUUUAAAAAGACCAGAAGUUAGUAAGAAAGAACUGAAGAGACAACAUAAAAUGAAGAUGUGCUGCAGCCGAAGGAUGUCUAUACUUGUAAAGUCCCCAGGUUUCAUUAAAAAAAAAAAAAAAAAAAAAAAAAAA